AUGUUACAAUCACUAAAGGCACUUUGUGCAAGAGAACUUGCUGCACUGCAGGAUGAUCAAUUGGAGGUUAUUAAUGGGCUACCAAAAUCUACUAAAACAGUCAUUCGAAAUCUACAUGAUGAUCUACUAAUUUACGCUAAAACUUUUGCUAGAUUCUGGACAAUUAAUUACACUUUUAUUGUUGUUACCAACAAUCUUACUGUGGACUGGAAGUUAUCUUCUUUAAAAAAUUUAGCGUCAGUUCGAAUACAAGUGGAAUGGACUUCAGAACUUCUUUCUCAUUUUCAAAAUUUAUUGUGGCCCAUAAAAAUAAAAAAUGACAUAUCUGGGGAAGACGAAAGAAAGCAAGUCCCAGGAACUAUAGCUUUCAAAUUUGCUGCUGUUAAUGGUCUUCAAGAAAUCUGUGCUUUCUUGUGGGGUUUACUUCGUCAACCUUCUCGAAUAUUUUUAUUAAGCAGAGCAGGCGGUGAAAUUUCUGCGGUUGCCGCACUCGAACUAGUUAAUUUGGAUUACAAUAUACUGUACGCAUGGAUGCUAGCAAUCAACACUGGAUGCCCUUUAGUGCUAAAACAAUAUCAUAAGAAAUACAGUAUCGAGGUUAUGACAUUUCUUUUGAUCAUAAAAAUGAAGCAGUAUCACAUGUUGGACGUUGUUUUUGACGCAAACUAUCCUCUGGAAUAUAAUUUCACCAAAGAAGACAUUAACUUUGACAGUGAACUCUUGCAACAAAUUUCCGAGAUGCCAGAACGUUAUCGUACAAAAGGUUUUGCACUUGCUAGCUGGUUCUUCGCGACAAUAAAUGUGGAACAAACAGUGAGGACAAUUGAAACUCUUUGCGGUCCAAACUGGACUGCUGCAGUAGAUCUGAAAGUUUUGCUGAAAUCUGCUACAAAAAACUGA